AUGGGUUUUGAAACGACAGACGUAAAUCCCACGGAUCAAGAUUUCAACCAAAACUCAAGAACAUCUUCAAGAAAAAGAAGAUUGCGUCGCUGUAGAAGCGCUCCUCGUGAUGGUGAUUGUGUGUACAAUAAUGAUACCAAAAUCGAUGAACCACCUUCUAGUCCAAGUAACAUCCCAGUCUUCAACGAUCUAAACCCGAGUCUCAAACGAGUGAUCAUGUUCUUGGGUUUAUACCUAACCAUUGGUACUCUCUGUUUCUACCUCGUGAGAAACCAGAUCUCCGGUCAUAAGACCAACGGUGUCUUAGAUGCCGUCUAUUUCUGUAUAGUGACGAUGACAACCGUUGGAUAUGGUGACCUUGUCCCUAAUAGUUACACCUCAAGGCUACUCGCUUGUGCCUUUGUCUUCUCGGGGAUGGUCCUCGUGGGUCACCUUUUAAGCAGAGCAGCUGAUUAUCUAGUGGAGAAGCAAGAGAGUUUGCUUGUUAGGGCUUUUCAUUUGCGCCAAAUCUUUGGUCCAACAGAUAUUCUCAAGGAGUUGCGUACUAACAAGUUGAGGCGCAAAUGCUAUGUGACAUUCUUUGUCCUUGUGUUCCUCUUCCUUGUCGGUACGUUCUUCCUUGUGACGGUUGAGAAAAUGCCGGUUCUUCAAGCUUUCUAUUGCGUGUGUUCCACGGUUACGACGUUGGGUUACGGCGAUAAGAGCUUUAGCUCGGGGACAGGGCGGCUUUUCGCUGUGUUUUGGAUCUUGACGAGCACUAUAUGUUUGGCUCAGUUUUUCCUCUAUGUGGUUGAGCUAAGAGCAGAUACCAAACAGAGGGCGUUAGUGAAAUGGGUUUUAACACGGAGAAUCACAAACAAUGAUCUUGAAGCAGCUGAUCUCGAUGAAGAUGGAAUCGUUGGAGCUGCAGAGUUUGUUGUAUAUAAACUGAAAGAGAUGGGGAAGAUUGAUGAGAAAGAUGUUGAUGGGAUAAUGGAAGAGUUUGAGCAGCUCGAUGACGAUGAAUCUGGAACUCUGACGACUUCUGACAUCGUUUUAGCUCAGACGACUUCACAGAUCAGCUCUUCUGGUUCUCCAUUAUUCACAAGGAGUGAUCUCGUAGCUGCUGAUAUCGAUGGAGAUGGAGUCGUUGGAGUUGCAGAGUUUAUUGUAUAUAGACUGAAACAAAUGGAUAAGAUUGAUCAGAAAGAUAUUAUUGGGAUAACAAAAGAGUUUCAGCAGCUCGAUUAUGAUGAAUCCCGAACUCUCACAAAUUCUGACAUUGAUCUUGCUCAGAUCCAAAGCUCUGCUUCACCAUUAUUCACAAAGAAUGAUCUGGAAGCAGCUGAUCUAGAUGGAGAUGGAGUGGUCGGAGCUGCAGAGUUUCUUGUAUAUAGACUGAAACAAAUGGAGAAGAUUGAUCAGGAAGAUAUGAUUAGGAUUAUGGAAGAGUUUGAGAAACUCGAUCAUGAUGAAUCUGGAGCUCUGACGAGUUCUGACAUCGAUCUUGCUCAGAAGACGACAUUAUCAUCAUCAUCAUCUUUCAAAGACUAA